AUGGCUCGAUCAGUCAUCGCUUGCCGUGUGAGUCCGAAGCAAAAGACUGAGAUUGUCGAGCUGGUCCGCCGGCUUGACAAGGACAAAGUUACUUUGGCUAUUGGAGACGGCGCUAAUGAUGUCGGUAUGAUUCAAGCGGCCCAUGUGGGGAUGGGAAUUGUGAGCUUGGAAGGGCAAGAGGCCAAACUGGCCUCAGACUACUGUAUUGGUCAGUUUCGUUUCUUGGGGCGUCUAAUGCUAACCUAUUGGGCAUUCUUUUCAGCAUUUUCAGGUCAGCCUCUCUUGGAUCCCUGGAUGGGGGGUCUUUACAAUUUGCUUUUGGCAUCGCUUCCUCUCAUUGUCUUCGGUAUAUUCGAUCAGGAAUUGACUGCCGAAUAUGCGCUUGCUUUCCCUGAAAUGUAUUCAAAGGGGCAGAGCAACACGGCGUACAACUUUCGCGUCUUUUUGAGCUGGAUUCUCUCAGCAAUAUGGCAAUCAGCUGUAGUGUUCUUUGUUUGCUUCUGGGGCUUUGGUGACAUUCCGCAGGCCGGUGGGCAGAUGCUGGGAAUGUGGGCAUUCGGCACAGUCGUAUUCUCGGUAGUGAUUUUCACUGUACAUGUCAUGCUACUUGUGUACCAGAGUUCCUGGACAAAGCUUUCAGCGUCCUUGUUCUUUGUCUCAUUUGCGACAUUUGCAUCAUCUUAUCUUUGA